UAAUGCACAAUAAAAAGACCAAACAAAAGAUUGUUCAAAGUUCAAAGUUCAACCUUCUACCACCAUAUAUUGUAUGUCCCCUCCAAUAUCUUAUUUUUACACAAUUCCAACAUGCUUCAAAAAAACUUCUUUUAUUGAUCUUUCCUUCCUCUUAAAAUCCUCACUUCUCUGUACUUCUUUUCACUACAUGAAAACAAAAAAAUGGGAUUUUUGACAUCAAAAAUCAUCACCAUCUUCAUAUUUUUCUCUUGUCUUCAAUUCAUAUCACAAGCAAAGAUCAUAAAAUUUGAUCAACAAUAUGGUGACCCUUUUGACCAUACAUAUACUCCCAUAUUUGAAAUCAAACAACCUGCACAAAUAAGCAAUCUAGCUCUUCAAAUAACCCCUGACACAGCUUCCACUGCUUUCAAAAUGUUCAAUAAUUCAGGCAGAAUCCUCUUAAAACAACCCUUCAAAUUAUGGGACAAUAAUAAUUAUGAUGACGACUUUUCAAGGGUGGCGUCUUUCAACACUUCAUUCCUAGUGAACAUUUUUAGGCCACUAAAUGAUACACCAGCUGAAGGUCUAGCUUUCGUGAUUUGCCCAAAUUUGGACUUGCCACAAAAUAGUCAGGGCCAAUAUUUGGGACUAACAAAUGCUACAACUGAUGGCAAUUUUUCAAACAAAAUAAUCGCGAUAGAGCUAGACACAUUCAAACAGGAAUUCGACAUUGAUGGAAACCAUGUUGGGAUUGAUAUAAACAGUAUUAAAUCCGUUAAGACGAAAUCUUUAACCCCACAUGGAAUUGAACUAGCUCCAAUUGGUGAAAGAUACUACAACAUUUGGGUACAAUAUGAUGGAUUCAAGAAAGUAGUUGAUGUGUACAUUGUUGAACAAAUGAAGAAAAAUGGGACAACCCCAACAAGGCCAAAAGAACCAAUACUAACACACAAUAUUGAUUUGAGGAAAAUUGUAAAUCAAGAAUCAUACUUUGGUUUCUCUGCUUCAACAGGACAUUUCAAUCAGUUAAAUUGUGUGCUGAGAUGGAAUUUAACAGUUGAGUAUUUUCAAGACAAGAAUCAAGAAAAGGUACAAAUAAUAAGUUUAAGUGUUGGUGUGCCAGUAUUGGUUGUUUUCUUGAUUUUGUCAGGGUAUUUUGGGUAUUUUUACUAUAAGAAAAAAAGGGAUGAUAGGUCACAAUCAAAUAUUUUGGGAGUAUUAAAGAGUUUGCCUGGAAUGCCUAGGGAUUUUGAGUUUAAAGAAUUGAAAAAAGCUACUAAUAAUUUUGAUGAAAAGAAUAAACUUGGUGAAGGUGGAUUUGGAGUUGUUUACAAAGGGAAUUUAGUUGGUGAAAAAUUGGAAAUUGCUGUGAAGUGGUUUUCUAGAGAAAGUAUCAAGGGUCAGGAUGAUUUCUUGGCUGAGCUAACAAUUAUCAACCGUUUAAGGCAUAAACAUCUUGUCAAAUUACUUGGAUGGAGUCAUAAGCAUGGAAAGCUACUACUUGUAUAUGAGUACAUGCCAAAUGGUAGCCUGGAGAAACAUCUCUUCUCAGGGCCUGAAAAAGAGGCACUCAGCUGGAGGGUCCGGUACAACAUUGUAUCAGGGGUGGCGUCAGCCCUGCACUAUCUCCACAAUGAGUACGAGCAGAAGGUGAUCCAUCGCGAUCUCAAGGCAAACAACAUCAUGCUAGACUCAAAUUUCAAUGCACGUCUUGGUGAUUUUGGACUAGCACGAGCAAUUGACAACGAAAAGACCUCGUAUGCUGACGAAGCAGAGGGAGUACUUGGCACAAUGGGAUACAUCGCGCCAGAAUGCUUCCACACUGGAAAAGCAACUCAACAUUCUGAUGUCUAUGCAUUUGGGGCAGUGUUACUUGAACUAGUAUGUGGCAAAAGGCCUGGAACCAAAGUUAAUGGCUUUCAACUCUUUCUUGAUUGGGUUUGGUUCUUGCAUCGAGAUGGGAGAAUCCUCGAGGCUGUUGACACGAGGCUCGAGGAUGAAUACGUGGUUCAAGAAGCAGAGAGGUUGUUACUACUUGCUCUGGCUUGUUCCCAUCCAAUUGCCAAUGAAAGGCCUAAUACACAAACUAUAGUUCAAAUUAUAUCAGGAUCAAUACCACCACUACAAGUACCACCAUUCAAGCCAUCUUUUGUGUGGCCUAAUUCUAUGGUUGCAAUUGACAUAGACUCAUCGAGUAUCGUCGAUACGAUAUCCAUUACAACUCCUCAGUUCAGUUCAGGGAACAACAGUAUUGAAUAUCAAAGCAAGUAGAGAUAGUAAUAGCAAUAGCAGCAUAUAUAUUAUAGGCCAACUAGUAUUAUAACAAGGAAAAAAAAAGUUUGAUUUUAAUUUGCUUGCCCUUAUAAUGUUUUUUUUUGUUUCUCUGUAAUUAUGUUAUAUGGUGAGGAUGUCAAAUGAUUUUCUUCUUGUUUUGCUAUUUUUUUUGCUUCAAGUUUGUUAUUCUGUAAUGACAAGAAUAGCAACCAAUGUAUCUAUAUCUCAGAUCUUAUGUUAAAGUUCCAUUCUAUA